UAGUGCACGUGAAUAGAAAGGAGAUCCUUUCUAUUAGUGCAUCUUAAAAACAAAUCGAAGUAUCAAUCCUCUCUCAACCUAUCCCAAUUGUGCUACUGCUGAACCUCUUUCCUUGUGGUCACACUUCUCAAACUUAUUCUUGCUGUCUCCCUUUCCUCACCUCAAAUAAUUCCCAACCCACUCCAACUCUGGGUUCUGUGUGCUCACUUAAGAUAUAAUGACUAGGUUGUCUAAACCCAAUAAUACCUUUAGAUCUUUGCUUUCCUGACUUGUAAGUAGCUUGCCUGACACAAUUGACCAGAUCCUUUUUGAAACACUUGUUGAUUUCUUGACAUUCCACUCCUGUUUUGUUUUGUUUUUCUAACUGUCUGCUCCUCAUUUUUCUUAGCUGGUUCUUCCUUGGCUGGCUCUGUUUUCUCUACCAAAACUUGUUGAAUUCCUUUGACUAGUGAGAUGUCUUGAGUGAAAGUUAGGACUGAUUAAAACUAAACAUUUUUAAAGAUGGCUGAAAAGACUUAAGUGCAAAGAAUAUUAAUAAUGUCUCGUAAUGUUUUUUAAAAAUCCUGGAUUCUUGCCUAUAUUUCAAAUAUGUGUUAUUUUAGACAAAGAAGGUACAAUUGCUGCCAUUCUGGAAGAUUAGCCUAUCAAUCAAUCACUGCAUAAGUAUUUCUGAAUCUCCUAUGUUAGUGUCUUAAAAACCAUAUGAAAACAUGGUUUCUCUUCUCAGGGAGAAGACAAUUAGGUUCAAGAAGUAGGACUACAGGAAAAAAAGUCUAAUAUAAGACUAAUAAAUCCUAAAUUGUGAGAUUUGUAGUUAAGAGCUAAUGGUGUGUAUUGCUCAUAAAGGAUAUAUUAACUUCCCUUUGCUUUUCUCCUAGCACCUUGUCCUUUGUUUAAUCUGCAUUUCCUACCAGCAUGAGUACCCUGAGGACAGGGCUCUAUCUAAUUCUUUUUCUUAUAUAACUAACACUAUACCUGGUACAUCCUGGUAGGUUCUCUACUGCUGGGGGUUGUCAGCCUAUUUAUUCUGGCCCUGUCACUAUAAAUCUCAACUUUAUACUGAGCCUUAGUUUCUGAUCUAUUAAAAAGGGAUGAUGAUGAUAAUAAAAGUAAUUGUUUUGCAGGUUACAUUCUGUGUGAAGGACAUGCCAAAUUAGACUUUGAUAAUGAUUAUCAGUAAUUAUAUUAGUAGCUUUAAAGUAUGAACUUUAGUAAAUAGCUUUCAAAUCUUUUUAUUUGUAAAUUUAGCUUAAUGAAAUGACCAAUUUAAAAAAUAAUUAUGUGUGCUAAAGCAGUGAUUCUCAAAGUGGAGUUCUUAGACCCCAGCAUCAGCAUUACCUAUAAACUUGAAAUGUGCAUUCAGGACCCAGCCCGACCUCCUGAAUCAGAACCUCUGGGGGCAAGUCUGACAGUCUGCUUGAAUAAGCCCUCCUGGUUAUUCUGAUGUGCCUAAAGUUUGAGAACCACUGAGCUAGAGAACCUCAACUUUAUACAGGGGCUGGCAAAAAUAGGUUUACAGUUGCAAUAGAAAUCCUAUAUAAUAAAAGGCAAAUCGAACUGCAGGUUGCUAUGAUGUGCACUGACCACCAGGGGGCAGACAAUCAAUGCAGGAGCUGACCCACAGGGGGAGCGCCACUUAGCCAGAAAUUGGGCUCACAGCUGGCGAGCACAGAGGCAGUGAUGUGAGCCUCUCCUGCCUCUGUGGCAGCACUAAGGAUGUUGGACAUCCUCUGAGGGCUCCCGGACUAUGAGAGGGUGCAGGCCAGGCUGAGGGAUCGCCCCCCCCUCCCACCCAGUGCACUAUUUUUGUGCACUAGGCCUCUAGUAAUACAAUCUAUACCAGUGAUGGCAAACCUAUGACAUGCGUGUCAGAGGUGACACGCAAACUCAUUUUUUUGGUUGAUUUUUCUUUGUUAAAUGGCAUUUAAAUAUAUAUAAAAUAAAUAUCAAAAAUAUAAGUCUUUGUUUUACUGUGAUUGCAAAUAUCAAAAAAUUUCUAUAUGUGACACGGCACCAGAGUUAAGUUAGGGUUUUUCAAAAUGCUGACAUGCCGAGCUCAAAAGGUUCGCUAUCACAGAUCUAUACUAAUAAAAGGGUAGUACGGUAAUUAGACCAGACAUCUUCUGGAUGUCCUUCCGGCCAAAGCCAUGGUGGCAGGGGCCGAGGCAGAGGCAUUUAGGGGCAAUCAGUCUGGCGUGAGAGCGGUUAGGGGCAAUCAGGCCAGCAGGCAGGUGAGUGGUUAGAAGCCAGCGGUCCCAGAUUGCGAGAGGGAUGUACCGGCAGUCAGACAUCCCCUGAGGGGUCCCAGAUUGGAAAGGGUGCAGGCCGGGCUGAGGGACCCCCUCUCCCCCGUGCAUGAAUUUCGUGCACAGGGCCUCUAGUAAUUUAUAAAUGAUAAUGCAAGAAUAAUCUGUUUUGUGCACUCAAAACAACCUACUUUUGCACAUCCCAUAGUGUAGAGGUUGCUUUUUUAUCAUGGAAUUAUAUGCUUGAUGUAUUUUGUAUAAAUAUUGAGAACUAAGUUAAUAUAAUUUAAAGGUAUUUUUUAUUUUAAAUUCUCACCUGAGGAUAUGUUUUUUAAUUGACUUGAGAGAGAGAGGGAGAGAGAAACAAUGAUCAAUUGCCUCCUGAAGACACCUGACCAAGGAUGGAACCUGCAACCUAGAAUGGCAACAUACUUGCUUAACCUUGACUUCUGUGCAAGAAAGAAAAAAUUUAAUAUAUUCCUUGCCAACUAGUGGUGGAAAAACCCUCGUGGCUGAGAUUUUAAUGCUACAAGAACUGCUUUGCAGGCGCAAAGACGUUUUAAUGAUCCUACCAUAUGUGGCAAUUGUCCAAGAAAAGAUUUCAGGUUUGUCAAGCUUUGGUAUAGAACUGGGUUUCUUUGUUGAAGAAUAUGCCGGAAGCAAAGGAAAAUUUCCUCCAAUUAAAAGAAGGGAAAAGAAAUCACUAUACAUUGCCACUAUUGAGAAAGGACAUGGUCUGGUCAACUCCUUGAUUGAAACUGGAAGGAUAAGCAGUCUGGGUCUGGUUGUUGUAGAUGAGUUGCACAUGAUUGCUGAAGGAAGCCGUGGGGCUGUACUGGAAAUGACCCUAGCAAAAAUCCUCUACACUAGUAAAACAACUCAAAUUAUUGGUAUGAGUGCAACUUUGAACAAUGUUGAAGACCUGCAAGAAUUCCUUCAAGCAGAAUAUUACACCAGUCAGUUCAGGCCAGUUGAAUUAAAAGAAUAUCUGAAAAUAAAUGAUGCAAUAUAUGAGGUUGACAGCAAAGCUGAAAAUGGCAUGACUUUUUCACGUCUGCUUAAUUAUAAGUAUUCUGAUGCUCUGAAAAAGAUGGAUCCUGAUCACUUGGUAGCAUUGGUGACAGAAGUUAUUCCCAAUAAUUCCUGCUUAGUUUUUUGUCCCACUAAGAAGAACUGUGAAAAUGUAGCAGAAAUGAUAUGCAAAUUUUUAAGCAAGGACUAUCUGAAACACAGGGAAAAAGAAAAACAGGAGGUAAUUAAGAACUUGAAGAGUAUCAGCAGUGGCAACUUGUGUCCUGUUUUAAAGCGCACUAUCCCAUUAGGAGUUGCUUAUCACCAUAGUGGUUUAAUGAGCGAUGAAAGGAAGCUCUUGGAGGAAGCUUAUUCCACAGGAGUUCUCUGCCUUUUGACCUGCACAUCCACCCUUGCAGCAGGUGUUAACCUACCAGCUCGAAGAGUUAUUUUGAGAGCCCCCUAUGUUGCUAAGGAAUUUUUAAAGAGAAGUCAAUAUAAACAGAUGAUUGGCAGAGCUGGCCGUGCUGGAAUAGAUUCUGUUGGGGAGAGUAUCCUUAUAUUGCAAGAAAAAGACAAGCAACAGGCAUUGGAGUUAAUAAGCAGACCAUUGGAAAACUGUUACAGCCAUCUUGUUCAAGAAUUCACCAAGGGAAUCCAAACAUUGUUUCUCUCAUUGAUUGGUUUGAAGAUUGCAACACAUCUUGGUGACAUAUAUCACUUUAUGAGUGGUACACUUUUUGGCGUUCAGCAAAAGAUUUUGUUGAAAGAAAAAAGUCUCUGGGAAAUAACUGUUGAAUCACUUAGAUACCUGACAGAAAAAGGACUCCUACAAAAAGACACCAUUUUGACAGAAAACGGACUUACACAAAAAGAUGCUAGUUAUAAGUCCGAAGAAUGGUUCCAGUAUAGUUUUCAUAUCACAAAGUUGGGACGAGCUUCUUUUAAAGGAACUAUAGAUUUGGCUUAUUGUGACAUUCUCUACAGAGAUUUGCAGAAAGGUCUUGAAGGCCUUGUGCUUGAAAGCCUUCUUCAUCUAAUUUACCUAACCACUCCCUACGAUAUGGCUUCUCAGUGUGACCCUGAUUGGAUGAUAUACUUCAAACAGUUUAAUCAGCUCAGUCCAGCAGAACAAAAUGUGGCUGCUCUUGUUGGAGUCUCUGAAAACUAUAUUGGAAAGAAGGUAUCAGGUCAAGCUAUCAAGAAGACGGUGGACAAGGACAUAGUGAAUAGACUAUACCUGUCUUUUGUCCUUUAUGCCUUGCUCAAAGAGACCAGCAUUUGGAGUGUGUCUGAAAAAUUCAAUAUGCCUCGAGGAUAUAUACAGAGUCUUCUCACUGCAGCUGCCACCUUCUCAUGUUGUGUGUUACAUUUCUGUGAGGAACUUGAGGAGUUUUGGGUUUAUAAAGCCCUUUUGGUAGAACUUACCAAGAAACUGACCUACUGUGUAAAGGCAGAACUAAUCCCUCUCAUGGAAGUGACUGGAGUUUUAGAGGGUCGGGCAAAACAGUUAUACAAUGCAGGUUAUAAAAGUCUAGCACACUUAGCUAAUGCAAAUCCUGAAGUGCUAAUAAAGACAAUUGAUCAUUUAUCAAGACGCCAGGCCAAGCAAAUUGUUUCAUCAGCAAAGAUGCUGUUGCAUGAAAAAGCAGAGGCUUUGCAAGGAGAAGUAGAAGAGCUAUUGAGAUUACCUGCUGAUUUCCCUCCUGUUGAAAAGGCAUGAAGUGUGUCUGAUGAGCAUUGUCAGAUAUGAAUGACUUCUCUUUUUUUGAAUUAUUUCUUGUAUAUAUGUUUUAUUAAAGAUUCCUUAUUAUUUAUACAUGAAAAGAUACAUUUUAAGUAUACAUUCAGAACUAUGGAUGAUGUUUGGAUAUAUCUCUCACCCAUAAUUACAAUAACCUUUCUAGUAAUAACCCAUCUUAUUCAAUACUUACAUAUUAUUUCUGUGCUCAGAAAUGAAAUCAACUUCCUCAAUAUUGCUGCAGCCUACCUUUGUAGCCAAAUCUUUCAUCAUUCUCUUAUCCAUUUCUUUCAUCAAACUGGACUAUUUGAAAUACCAGAAUUUUCUCUGCGAUUUCCAAACCCUUCAUUUCCUGUUUUAUUCCAUUUCCAAUGCAUAGAAAAUUAUCUUUUUUAAAAAUAUGUAUAUAUUUCUUUAUUGAUUUCAGAGAGGAAGGGAGAAGGAGAGAGAGAGAAAUAUCAAUGAUGAGAGAGAAUCAUUGAUCGGCUGCCUCCUGCACACCCCCUAUUGGGGAUCGAGCCCGCAACCCAGGCAUGUGCCCUUGGCCAGAAUCGAACCUGGGACCCUUCAGUCCUCAGGCUGACGCUUUAUCCACUGAGCCAAGCCGGCUAGGGCAGAAAAUUAUCUUUAAAAUGCACUGUAUACUUCAAGUAUAAACUAAAAAUGCUCAAAUACUGUCUUCUCUAUAAAAUUGUUCAAGUUUAUUCUCAUCCCCACCCCAUACAUGGGCUCUUCCCUUCCUAUAAGUAUUGUGAAUCUCUCAUUAAUGCCCAUGUAUUUUUUUUAACACUUUUUCAACAAGUAUUUAUUAUUAGUUAACCUAUGAUUCAGGAUCCCAGGGUGGGAUGUACCCAGGUUCCCCUUCACUAUCCUGGGAGAAGGGUGAGGACAGAGGAGCAUCAGGGUGGGGGCCAGUUCAGAUCUUCCCAGGAAAUGUGCCUUCUGCUCAUUUUUUUGUUUGUUUUUCUAAGAGUUUCUUUGAUUUUAAUAGUUGGGAAGAAAGUUAUAAAAUAAAAUAGACAACACAGA